AUGGAGUUCUAUUCUUACCGCUUAAUGCAAAGAUCAGAUUUUAAUAUUAUAUUGAAAAGUGGAAGGCUAUUUCAUCAAUACAUAGUUGAUCAGUUUGCUAAAAUUGAGCAAGAAAGACUUAACUAUUGCCUUUAUCAUCAACAUGAAUUAAGAUCUGAACUUUACCAAGGUCUCAGUGAUGCUAUAAACUCAGGUGAUGUUGACGGUGCAACUGUUGGAAAAAAAAUUAUUCUGCCAUCUUCAUUUACUGGCAGUCCACGUUGUAUGCAUCAGCUUUACCAAGACGCUAUGUCUAUUGUAAGGAAGUUUGGAAAACCAGAUCUCUUCAUAACUUUCACAUGCAAUCCUAACUGGCCUGAAAUUAAAAAUGCUCUCUUGGGUAAUCAAACACCUGCAGACCGUCCAGAUCUCACAGCACGUGUUUUCCAUCUUAAGUUAAAGAACCUACUUAAUGAUAUUGUCCAGCAACCAAUAUUUGGAAAAACAUUGGCACAUGUAUAUAUAGUUGAAUUUCAAAAACGUGGAUUACCCCAUUCCCACAUUCUUAUAAUAUUACAUCAUGACAGCAAACCAUUCACACCAGAUGCAUAUGAUGAAUAUGUAUCAGCUGAAAUUCCUGAUCCAAAAUUGUUACCAGACUUGCACAAAUUAGUUGUGUCCCAUAUGAUACAUGGACCAUGUGGAGAAGCGAACAAGCAUUCACCAUGUAUUGAGAAUGGAAAAUGUACUAAACAAUUUCCAAAACAGUUUUAUGAAAAAACAUUCCAAACCACUGACGGUUAUCCUAACUAUAGACGCAGGGAUAAUGGAACAACAAUUGAAAAAAAUGGAGCAAUUGUAGACAAUCGAUGGGUAGUACCAUAUAAUCCAUACCUAUUAGCAAAAUUUGUAGCUCACAUUAACGUUGAAAUAUGUACAAGUAUUACAGCAGUAAAAUAUUUGUACAAAUAUGUGUACAAGGGACCUGAUAGAGUCAUGGCAGGAACUGAACAAGUCUGUACAAAAAAUGAUUCCAAAAAUAUUAUCAAUGAAAUAACAAACUUUGUAGAUGCUAGGUACAUAUCUGCAUCUGAAGCAAGCUGGCGUAUAUUUCAUUACGAAUUACAUGACAGGUCACCAGCUAUUCAACGUUUAGCCGUUCAUCUUCCACACCAAGAAAAUGUUGUUUAUAAGGUCGGAAAUGCAGUGCACACCUUAGAACAUGCAAAAAACACUACACUUACUGCAUGGUUUAAAAUAAACGCAGAGGACCCAAAUGCAAGAUCAGUGUUGUACCAUCAUUUCCCAGAACAAUAUACUUGGGACCCAUCUACAUCCACAUGGAAGCCUCGAAAAGCAGGAAAUAUGAUUGGUAGGGUAUACCAAGCAAAUCCAUCUGAAGGUGAACGCUUUUACCUAAGACUUCUCUUACACCACAUACCAGGGUGUAAAUCGUUUGAAGAUCUGCGAAGUUUAGAUGAUGGCACUAUUUGUGACUCUUUCAAAGAGGCAGCACUCAAACGUGGCUUUUUACAAGACGACCAAGAAUGGAUUGAAUGUCUACAAGAAGCAACUUUAUCUGCAUCUCCUGCACACAUAAGGUCACUUUUUGUUACAAUUUUAAUUUUCUGCGAGCCUUCAAAUCACAUAGUACUUUGGGAGAAUUUCAAAGGUCCUAUGUCUGACGAUAUUAAAUAUAAAAUGACAAAUAUCUGCGCGAACAACAAUGAAGAUUCUGUAACUAAUUGA